AUGCACCAGCCACUUGUCAACGCUCGCUCAUCUCUGCUCCUGCUUUUAUUCCUGUUUUACAUUUUCUGCAACAACAACAUAAUGUUUCAAACUAAUACAGUCGGCAAACAUGUAAAAAACGGCACAUUUUUGCCUAACAAAAAUAUCAAGAAGUACAAAAAUUUCGGAAACAGCAGUUACGACGGAAGUUACAUUAAUGUUAUUCUUAACAAUAUUGGAUACAUAAGGGAAGAAAUUACUUUUCACGCUGAACGAACGACUGCAAAGAAAUACUCAUACAAAGGACCAAACAAUUUAUGCAACAGCAACUAUCAAAACAACAACAUCAUCGACAACAACAUCAACAACAACAUUAUCAUCAACAACAACAGAAUCACCAGCAGCUACGUCAACUACAGCAACAAAAACAACUUAUACAAAAGAAUAAACUACAACAGCAACAAAAACAAUUGCAUCAUAUCUACAAACAUCUUCAAUCAUCUUCUAAUUUACGACAACGUUUUCGUCGUGGCUCACUUCAACAAAACUGCACCGCUGCAGCUACAAAAAAAUGAUCUCCACAAAAAACAGAAAAGACAUAAAAACAAACGAAGCCACAACAACAUCUUCAACAACUACAACUACUACUACAACGGCAACAGCAACUACUACAGCAGCAACAAAAACGUCAGAUCUUUGAACUGUCCGUGGAAAAUUAAAGCAUCAACGGGUCAACAAAUAACAUUGAAAAUUAUUUUCAUGGAACAAACUGUUGUUUCGGACCACACCAUCAACCAAACAACUACCACCACCACCAACAACAACAACAACGUCAACAAUAUCGACGGCCUGACGAGCAUUACUACCAACCACAACAACUACAACUUAUGGACUAGCUACCGGCCAAAACGAUGCGGCUCUUACCUUUACGUCAGAGAUGUUGGUAUAAAUUUCAGGAAGAUUUCUCUCUGCGGGGAUGAAACGACGAGGGAGCGCCCCCUUUUAACCUCGUCCAGCAAUGAACUUUUAAUGUACUUGCAAGAUAAUGAUGAAGAUGAUGAUGCUGAUGAAGUAAAUAAUGUCGGACAUCGUGAAAGCAGCAAAGAUGAUGAUAGCGACGACGGUGACGACGAUGAUUUUGAUCGCGAUGACGUCAUUGUUGUGCAGAAAGUUCUUAUCUCAUACGAAGCGCCUGCUGCUUUUAAGAAUUCCCACAAAGUCGCUGAUCACGAAGAAUGGCCAUCGAAUUUGCCAGAUGCUUAG